AUGGACACACUCAUGUCCGCUAUUGAGUCAGUGGACUCGGCGGACGCGCUUGACCUUACGUCGUUCCUCCAAGGGCUCAGCGACUUGGACGAGGUACGGCAGGCGGUAGAGACGCUGCUGGACGCGUACAACAGUCACAGCGGUACGAGCCGGGAGGUCCUUCAGAAACAGUGCGUAAUGCGCAGCCUGGCAGAGCUACUGGAGGCCGUGCACAGUCGCUACACGCGCACCACCGAUGCGUCUGCAGCACCCGCGACUUGCACGUUUUGGCGAAACCAAACAGACAGGGGGACUGCCGCAAACUCCUCCACCGAUCCGAGGUGGGCCUUCACAGCAGAUGACUACCUGCUCUUGUCCAUGCUCCUGAACGAGACGGCGACAACGACGAAUGCCACGACCUUUGCAUACUGGAGUCGGGCCACAGUAGUGGUUUUCUCCAGUGCGACCGCGAUUGUGUUUCCCUCGGCCGACAUGAGUGGCGUGUGUCCUGAGAAAGCGGGUGCGACUAUAAACAAGGAGGCGGAGACAACGCGGGCCUCGUUGGAGUCCGAACUACACUCCUUGCGAGAGAUUGUGGCAAAGCGCUUCACAACUGCUGUGGAGAGUCUGCGUCGUGUCACGUCGUACGAGUACGCGCGACGGAGCCUGCAGAGCAGCGUCUGGGCUCUGCUCGGGUCAUUGGCUGGCUGCAGUUCGUCGUCGGUCGGGGAGCGCGUGGUAGAAGAACUGGAGGCCGCUGUGGAAAGCAUGUUGCAGCCCUUGAACAUAGCGCUGCAGGAGCCACUCGCGGGGUCACAUGGCAGAAUUGUGAGUUGCCAGACCGGUGGCGUCACCGGUAACGGCAGUCGGUCUGGCAAGAAGACGUCACCAAUUCUUCUUACAGCCCUCUUGCAGGACGUCGAAGAUGUGUUGUGGGCAAUUUCGCAUAUUGCCGCCUCAUCCUCCUCCUCCGCAACGCGGCAGGCCUCCAGCUUGCUCGAGCAGCUGUGCUCGCGGGCGGUGGCCUUCACUGUGGAGGUGCUACUCAAGUUUGCGCAGCAGUACAUUACGUUACAGCAACAGCGUCAGAUGGAGUUCAUGGAGAAGGAAGAGGCGGGUGGCGACGGCGAUGGUCAUGGCGGUGCGAGAGGCGCCAAGAGGGACAUCUUCCGGGUGUACCACGUUCAGCGCAGCGUGCAGCGAGUGUUGAGUGUGGGGCUGCAGCUGCGUCGCGUCGUGUUCCCCUCCAGCACGGGCAGCAAGGCGACUGAGGUGUCGCUAGUGAGCGAGGCGGCGUUUAAUGGUCUGCAGGCAGCCGUUUCUGCGUUCGGUGGGGCGGUGUUUGCCAUAAAUCCCGUCACCCGCGCCAUGACGAAGGAAGACAUCGAUGACGACGUGGUCGCAGUAGCAGCGGCGACGACGACGGAGGAGGAGAAGACAAGUCCCUUGGCUUGGGGCAAUGACAGCCGCGAUGCAGGCCGCCUUCGCGAGUGCCGUCGUGUUCUGGCGCCGCCUCAUCACCUCACCACGAGCGGUGGUGUGGUCGGCGGUGUCGAGGGCAACUACGACUUCUUCAAGGAUGAAGAGGGCGACACUCUACUUGGCCGCCGCGAGGCCUACCUGAAGACGUCCCUCGGCCCUGUCACAGCAUCUGCCCUGGUGGACAUGGUGAUGCUGACGGUGUCGCACAUGGACUUCCUGAGCGAGGACGCGAUCCAGGAGCUGCAUCGCCGGGGUCUGGAGCAGAUGCAGCUCGCCGCCGCCUACCAGGCUCAGAAGGAGGAGGUGGAAAAGCUGCGGCAAAUGGAGCGGCAAGGUGUGGAGGCGAUCGCUGCCGGGAAGCUGAUUGAGCACGUGAAAGACAGUGCUGCCUUGCACAUGCGCGGCAUACAACUCCUUCGCAAGGUGUCCGCACGCUCCCGGCUGGAGCGCGCUGCCUUCACCUCCGUUCUCGGAGCGUACCAACAUGUGCGCGGCGAGGCCGAGGCGCACAUUCGACUGACGCAAGCGCUCAUCUCGCGCUGCCUGGUGCAGCUUCCUCCGUCACUGGCUGACAGCGCCAUGGAUGAGCUUCUCCUGCACCUCCGACGGGAGCUCACGCGGGCCCAGGCGCAGAAGGAGGCCGCUGCAAGCGGCAAGACGAGCACGACCACUGCGCACCUAAACACAGACGUAGCCUCUCUGUUUCUUGCCAGCUCCUACUACCAGCUAACACUGCAGGUACUGUUCAUGUACUACGCCACACAGGCCCCCAUGCACGAGCGGAGCGCCAACUGGAGCAGUGCGCUGCUCCUCAGUGGAGGUGGGGCGGUGGCGCACGGCGAAGACGAUGGGGCUGGCCUGGACGACGCCGGCCCCCACGCGGGAGGCGAGUUGAUACAGACCGAGGCUGGCUUCUCGAUUGAGGUGGACAAUCCAAUCGCCUUUCUGUACGACGACGACGUUCACCGCGCCAGCCAGGACGUCGGCCAAAAGCGUUCCCGUGAAGAGCCGGAGGGGGGAGGCGGGGCGGGGGAUGAGGAUGCCCUGGUCGCCGCUCGUGCCACAACGGGCGAGCACGACUUCGGCUUUCUGAACGACACCGUGGCGGCCCCGUCGACGUAUAGCCACGUGCUGUGCCGCGUGCUGGAGCUCAUCCGAACGGCACGACUCAACCUGAUUCUGCUAGAUCUCCUGCUUCAGGCCCCGGUUCUUACCCGGUAUGUGUGGUACCACCUCUACAAGCACUUCUGCCUCUCCGCUGACAAGGCGAGCUGCGUGAUUGGAAUGUGGCUCUUGCGCAACCUGGCUGUGCGGCGGCCGGUGUACCGCACCUGCGCGGUGAACAUCCUGCUGCAGCUCUGUCUCAGCACGCACGAUUACGCACGCCGCUUCGCCAUCAAGGAAAUUGAUCAGCUCCUCUCGGCCACCACCACCCAAGGAGCGCCGGUGCUGGACCAAGCGGCAGAGGGGCAUCUGCUCCGGUACGCGAAGAAACAGCUUUUUGCCAUUCCAGCCUAUCAACGCUCUUCCUCCUCGAAGCUGAAGCGCGCCCACGACGGUGGCGAGGCGGCGCACGUCGAUGAGGGAGCAGCCGUCACUGGUGAUACGGAUGAGGCCACAGCUAAAGACCGUGUGAGGAUGUCAACUGUGCUGAACCGGCGCCUCGGCCUCUUUCUGAUGCUGUGCGCACGCCAGCCGCGCGAGCUGUUCCCCGCGCUGCUCGAAGUCUUUCAGCAGUGCGUCGAGCGUGGCAACAUCCUCAUGAUGCAGCUCCUGCCAGAGAACACCGACGUACGUCGUAUGACGCAGCACCUACUCAAGACGGACGCUUCCAACUUUGUGGCGGCCGUGAUGCCACUGCUGCGCAAGCGCUGCCGCGAGGCCCGGCCCCUCGUCCAGUCGAUGCUGUGGGCGGUGCGGGAGCAGCUCGGCACCAUGGCGAAGGAGGCCAACUCGAUGGCGAAUAUCCUCGAGGGAUCCUCCGACGGAAUCAACACCGCUAGUCAGGCAUCUUCGACCGCCGCACUGGAGGCGCUGCGCAACAUCAGCAACGCCAUUCUGGGGCACGCGAAGGCGAUGUACGAGCUCAGCGGCAUCCCACUGGGUAACUCGACCCAGUCUGUCUCUCUGCUGGACAUUCGCUACCUCGCACCAUUUCUAAGUUUUCUCUCUGCCACGGAGCUGAAGCAAACCUAUCUCAACGCCUUUCUGCUGUUUCUUCAGGUGCAGCUGCAGUUCCAACGUCACUACAGCAACGCGUUUCACCAGCUGUCGGCGAAGGAGCGAACCUACGUGCUAGAGGCGACGGAGCUGCACGCCUUUCAGAUAAAGGUGCUGCGAGAGGUGCUCGUCAAGUGCCCCGUCCCCUUUCAAGACGGCGUGUUGCGUGGUCUGACCCGCGUGGACUUCUUCGUAUACCUACAUCGAGCCCCACAGGAAAGCCAAUCUAGGCUCGCUUCGUCAAUGCUCUCUCACCCAUUGCAUGGCGAAACACUCAGCAGCACGACUGGUGGCAUUCUCGACGGGAUGCACAAUGGCGGGGAGAGCUCCGUUAGUGCGGUGAAUGGGAAGAAGACGGAGGUCCUUCCGCCAAUUAGCGUGGGCACAACCAAGGAAGUGGUGAGCCUGUGUUUUGAGCUGACGCGAAGCUUUGACAACACGACCGUGGAGAAGCUGUACGGUCCGCCGGAAGUGCAGAAGGCUCUGCAGCAACUCAUGCACCCGCCACCGGUGCCAUCACAGCUCAUGGCGACAGUGCUGCAAGCCGCCACGCUGUUUCUGCGUAGCCGCUACGUGGAGUUCAUCGGCUUUGUCGUGCAGACAAUUCUAACGCCGCUAGAGCGCGCCUCGGCCUGGGAAACGGACCCGCAGCUGUGGAAGGGCGUCCUUCUCUUCACGGAGCGCUACUACCGCGAGUGCAGUAAUUUCCUUGUGAACUUGCCUGACCAGGUCUUAACGCAGGCGCUGCAGGAACACCCGCAGCUGUGCGGGUACUUCAAGGAGGAACACGGCAACAACGCCUCCUUUAUGCACAUCCUCGGUAACUUGUGA